GGGAGAGGUUACUGCCGGUCAUUGACACGCUGUCGUUAGUGUUUCAUUUCUGAAACAGCCUGUGGCGAGGAGAGGAGAGAAUUGAGACAGUGAGUGAGCAGCAGCUCAAUGCGGAAGGGACGUUGCUGAGGUGAAAUCCAGCGCCACGUUCCAAAUUGGAACCCUGAUACACUCCGCCCGCAGCUGGAUACAGCCAGGAGUGCUGCUUUAUUAACCAAGUGAUGGUAGGUGGAAGAAAAUGUUCUGUUUUGAUCCAGUUAACAUUGUUUGCUUUGAGCAAAUAGUGUGGAGGAAAUAAGCACAUCAAAACGAAUUGUAGACACUUGUCUACCACCAUGCUCAUUGUUGCUACUGUCGCAGCUGGUCGAAAGCAUUAGCUGGUAAGGAGUUAGUUGGAGGGGAGCAUAACACUCGUAUCCUGCUGGUUGAAACCAAUCCAAAAGGAAAGGAAUUCCAAAAGGACCUAAAGUCUUACUGAAGCUGGACAUUUUUCAAACUGCAGCUCCUGUCGCCAACUUCUGGAACUGAGCCAAACUCACCAGGACCCAAAAGCAUAGUCAGUUGAGAGUGAGAGAGACGUCAAGCCGAUCCUAGAAAGAAUCUUGCCUGAGUGGGGGGGAAAGAAAAUCCACAAUGCAUCUUAAACAAGAAGUGCAUUGCAUUUUCUUGCUUCCUAUCUACCUAUUGAUGUGGCUUUACACAACCCUCACCUUUAUCCCAUGGUAUUUCCUCUCUGAUGCAAAGAAGAAAAAGGCAAUGGCGAAACGAAUAAAGGCCAAGGCCACGUCUGACAAACCAGGCAGCCCAUUCCGUUCCGUCGACCAUUUUGACUCCCUUGCCAAAAUGGACUUCCCUGGGCUGGACACACUCGAUAAACUCUUUGAAGCAGCCGUGAAGAAUUUUCAGAAGCAGAACUGUUUGGGCACAAGAGAGCUGUUGAGUGAAGAAAAUGAGGUCCAGGCUAAUGGAAAAGUAUUUAAAAAGCUAAUCCUGGGGGAAUAUAAAUGGCUAAACUAUGAGGUCGUCAAUCAGCAUGUAAACCAUUUUGGCAGUGGCUUGUCUGCCUUGGGACUGAAGGCAAAGAAUAUGAUUGGCAUCUUCUGUGAAACCAGGGCUGAGUGGAUGAUUGCAGCACAAGCCUGCUUCAAGUACAAUUUCCCACUUGUAACAAUUUACUCCACCCUUGGAGAAGAUGCUGUAGCUUACGGACUGAAUGAAUCUGAAAUAACACAUCUUAUCACUAGUGUGGAACUCCUUGACACAAAAUUGAAGAAAGUGCUGCCAAAAGUUCAGAAGCUGAAACAUAUCAUCUACGUGGACAAGAAGGCCUUCAAUACUUCAGGAUAUUCAGAAGUUCUUCAGAUCCACAGUAUGGCUUCUGUGGAAGAACUUGGAGCCAAACCUGAGAACUCAAAUGUAACUCCAUCUCGGCCUGUUCCAUCGGACUUGGCUGUGGUGAUGUAUACAAGUGGCUCUACAGGUCAUCCAAAGGGAGUGAUGAUGAUACACAGUAACCUGAUAGCGGGUAUGACUGGCCAAUGUCAGAGGAUACCUGGACUAGGACCCAAAGAUACAUAUAUUGGAUAUCUGCCAUUGGCUCAUGUGUUGGAGCUUACUGCAGAAAUUUCCUGUGUUGCUUAUGGCUGUCGAAUUGGUUAUUCAUCUCCUCAAACCCUGUCUGAUCAGUCAACUAAGAUCAAAAAGGGCAGUAAAGGUGAUUGUUCCAUCCUGAAGCCAACACUGAUGGCGGCUGUUCCAGAAAUCAUGGACCGAAUUUAUAAAAACGUCAUGAGCAAAGUGCAGGAGAUGAACUAUAUACAGAGGACUUUGUUCAAACUAGGUUAUGAUUACAAAUUGGAACAGAUCAAGAGAGGUUACGAUGCGCCCCUCUGCAACAUGAUAUUAUUUAAGAAAGUGAAAGCUCUGUUGGGAGGAAAUAUUCGAAUGAUGCUGUCUGGAGGGGCUCCUCUUUCUCCUCAAACACAAAGGUUUAUGAAUGUGUGUUUCUGCUGUCCAGUAGGUCAAGGUUAUGGCCUGACGGAAACGUGUGGUGCUGGAACUAUCACCGAAGUAUUGGACUACAGCACAGGCAGAGUUGGAGCCCCGCUGAUCUGUUGUGAAAUCAAACUGAGAGACUGGGAAGAAGGUGGAUACACCACUCGUGACCAGCCCAACCCAAGAGGAGAAAUUCUGAUUGGUGGACCAAAUGUGGCAAUGGGGUACUUCAAAACAAAUAAAUCCAGUGAUGAUUUUUUUGAGGACAGCAAUGGCCAGCGUUGGUUUUGCACGGGAGAUGUUGGUGAAUUCCACCCAGAUGGCUGCUUACAGAUAAUUGAUCGCAAGAAAGAUUUAGUAAAGCUACAAGCUGGAGAAUACGUGUCCUUGGGCAAAGUUGAGUCUGCCUUAAAGAGCUGUUCCCUCAUUGAUAAUAUUUGUGCGUAUGCAAACAGUGAGCAAUCUUACGUGAUUAGUUUUGUGGUGCCCAAUCAGAAGAAGCUGACUGCCCUCGCGGAGCAGAAGCAAGUUCAGGGAACAUGGGAGGAAAUUUGUAACGAUAGCAAGAUGGAAGCAGAGGUGCUGCGGGAGAUCAAAGAAGCAUCAGCUUCCAGUAAAUUAGAGAAGUUUGAAGUCCCUGUGAAGGUUCGUUUAAGCCCAGAGCCAUGGACUCCGGAGACUGGUUUGGUAACUGACGCCUUCAAGCUCAAGAGGAAAGAACUAAAGAACCACUACCUCACUGAUAUUGAGAGGAUGUAUGGAGGGAAGUAGACCCUUCAAAUCCCUGGAUGGAUAUAUUUCUGGUGCCUGCAGAGAGUAGUGCAUCUCUAAAUUAAAAGGACAGUGAAUGAUUGAUUCAUUUUAAACAGAAAUUGAUGAACCAAAAGGCCAGUGUUCUACCUAAUGGUUAUUCUCCAAUGUAUUCACUAUUUGUUGAACAUAAAAAAAAAAACAAGCAAUUGGAAAUUUUCUUAAAGGUUUGUAAGGUUGCACCAAGCCACCUUAUAAUGACCAUUGUCCUUUUGCAUGUUGGUUUUUGGAUUGUUUUUCUUCACCAUUGUGUUUUUGUAUUUUUCUUUGUGUGAGGACCACCAGCUGGAUAUACAGGAAGUCCUGGGGAGCAAGAACUGAAUUUGUUAAUGUAAAUGAGCUUUUAAAGAGAACUCAACUCAACUAUUUUCUUUCCUACAUCCUUUACUUAGUAAAGGAAAAAAAAGGCUUGCCAGUGCACCUUGAUCCUUUCAAAUCCCCAGAUGGUGGCACCAGUUUUUGAUGUGAUGUUUGCACUAGAAUUAUUUCAUGUUUGUAUAGAAAAUUGCUGAAAAUAUUUUGGUUCUUAAAAAUGCAGAGAACAUUUUUUUAUAUUUGCACCACAGUCAGCGAGGUUUAACUGUCACAGCCACAGAUGGAUAUUGGUUUUUUUUAAAACCUGAACCUGCUGAAAGUUGCUACAUUUGAGUGGACAACUUUAAUUGUCUCUGCGAUAAUAAAUAGUGGCUAGGUAGUUUGCCAGUACCACAGUAGUAAAUUGCUCACUGGCCUUUCUCCUGCAGGGAUGCAUCUGACAAAUUGUCUUAGCAGCUGUGGUAUCAACUUAACUUGUGGCACAACAAAUCUCCUGGUCUCCAGAAACCUUGUGAUGAAUGUUUAUGGACAGUAGUGGUCAUAAUUACUUGAAUACAUAAGCAACCUAGCCACUAAGCCUCUGAGUUCAAUGAAUUGGCAAAAGCCCAAACUUUGUUCAAUAAUGUCACUUGAGCACCCCUUCAUGUUGUAAACAAGCGUUGCUUGUCACCAAAUGAUUAUUUUUUUUUUUUUAAGAACUUUUCAGAUAAUCAUCCUUUUAGAAAACGAGAGGGUUAACAGAGUCUGAGUGAGCUGGAUCUAGGAGAUAACAGAUACUGAGAACACCUCUGGGUUUUGGAGGACAAUAAUUGUGGUUUCUGCUUUUGACCACGUUGCAGAAACUCCUGUAGACAGUGCACUUGUGUGGAUACUCAUUGAGGACAAAAUCUGACUUGGCCAUAAUGAUUGAUGUGAACACAGCGCGCACAGAUGUAAACAGCUUGUGUAAGCUCUCACUUAAAAAGACCACUUGGACAAACGUACUGGAGAGAACUGAGGCUCUGUGCAGCUUUAUCCAGAUGUAAGGCAGCACCUUAAGGAGAAAGGAGGGGAAGUACCACUUUGUAAACUAGUUAAAGUAUUUAAUUGUCCAUUUCAGUAGCCUUGAUGUAGUAAACAAUAUGUAAAAGUAUCCAUGAGGUAUAGUAGUCAAAGUAAAUUUUCACUCUUCCAUCAGGCUGGCUUCCUUGGGUCUAAAAUGUUUUGGCAGCUACCCUAUUGUGAAUUUAGCCUUUUUCUGUUCCUACCCACAUGGAAGCCAAAAAUGGAAAAUCUUGCUACUCCGUCCCUUCAAACAAACUUACACUAUUACCAUAUCAUUAACUAGAAGCUUUGUGGUUCAGGUGACUACCCAACGAUGCUAUAAAUAAAAAUCUGACAGAAAAAUAUCUGGUUUUCCAAUAUUUGGUUGUAAAAAAUGAUGUGCAUAUGAGAGGGGAAAAAACACACGUGAAAAAUGGUCUGUUAACUGAGUUGUCUUGACAUUUGUAUAUGUAAAAGCUGUCUGUUUUACAUCUGUGUGAUCUGCUGCCUUUUGUUUCGCACAGCUUUCCUGAAACGACCCUGGCACUAUCCAGUUUUGGACUGGGUUGGUUUGUGGCCGCCAUUCAUGUAUAUACCUUUCUACAUCCCUCCUAGGAUAAAGCUAAUUCACCAAUUGGAGAUUUCAUUGAGUGUGACAGGAAGAACUCGUGCUGAAAAAACAGCACUGUUUUUAACAUCCAGUUAAUAAUUGGUUAUUGAGUCACUUGUGUGAAGAGACUCAUCAAAUUUUAACCACAGGAAUCCUAAUUGAUUCUUUUUGUAAACUCUGCCCAGGCUUAGUGCCCAGUGAAGGCCUUUUAGUUAACUCGGUUUACUACAGUUUGGUGCAUCAGUGAAUGUGUCCCUUGAGAAAGCGAGAACAGGUAGCUGAUGUAAAAUGUUGAGUGAAAUUUGAAUUCUGUACAUUUUUUAAUUUCAGAUUUGGAAUGAAACGGGUCAGGGCCUAGUAGAAACAAUUGUAUGUUUUCAAAGUGCUGUGUUUUUAUAUAUCGAUAUCCACUUUCUAGAAGCUGUCUCUUCAGAGCAACAUUCUAAGCAUCGAUUCAGUUUAUAUCAUAAGUGUUUAUGUGGAGAAUCACUUUUAUGUGCGACUGUAAACUCCUGUACUUAACUGUGAAUAGUCUUAUAUAUAUUUAAUGUGUAAAUGGGAGGAGCAAACAUACAAUUUAAUGUGAUGUUAUAGUAAAUGUUUUGAGGUUUCCAGUUUUAAACUGGUCAAUUUUCCAGUGGAGCAGCAGGAUACAAUAAUCUGCGUUACACUUCCAAAUGGACCAUUAUGUUACCUAAGUACCUUGAUGCAGGGUUUCACAAUAUUCUAAGUAGAUAAGGCACAUCAGGCAAUCCUGAUGGUUUCAUGGAUACACGAGCUGCCUGGUGCAAUGCUGAUCUGCACUCAUCGGGGGCCUCCCCAAGUUUCUUUCCUUAAACCGUGCUGAUGUUGACUAGAGUGGUGGUCAAACUCUACAAUUAACCACAUUUGGGUUAUGGAGCGAUAAAGAAAGACCAAAAAAUCAUCAGCCAGCGUUCUUGCUCUUGACUGUUACCCAUUGAUCCUCUUGGAAGUGUCUGGGUGUGAAUUCUGGACAAGGGCGGGAGCAAAUUUUAAUUCAGCUGCAAUACCCUUUCCCAACAGUUCAACUAACUACUGGCUCCCAUCAUCAAGGCUCACAUGAAGAAUAGUCAUUUGGGUCAGCUUAAGAGUAUUGCUAGCACUCAUUGCACCAUACUCCAGCUUGCAUCAGUGCCUUCAGCUGAGGAAGUAAGUAAGGGGAGGGUAAGAAGGUACACAAAUACCCCAACAAUGUGCAGGAAAAACAUUUUGUACAGGAGAUUCGUAUCCUUUAAGCCAUCUGAUGGUAUCAAGCACUCCAUCUACUGGGGAGUCAUUGUAAUGUUCUUGGGUUUCCAGAAGACUCAUUUCCUCCCAGGUUUGUUUUAACCCUGGUGUUUUACAGUAAACAUUUUUUAAAGUAUCUGAUGGAGGUGAAAAGCCACCUUCUGUUGUGUUACCGGCAUCCAUUUUUUCAAUGAAUUUGCAUACCCAAUGUAGCAACAGUGAUUUAAACUAUGGGCGCUGCCACCUCAAAUGAGGCUUUUGGUGGAGUGAAGGGGAGGAGAAAGGGAUGUGGAGAGAAUUUCAAUCCUUUACUUUCCUAUGGCAAAAUGGGUUUUUACAGUGACCAUUUAUUUAAAUAGCUUUUCUCUUUUCUAUGUCACUGAAUUCACUCCAAUAUCCCAAGCAAUUUCCUCCCCUCAAACUUCUCAAACGUUACCUGUGUGGUUGUGAGACAGGGAAGGCCUUCUCAAAGGAAUUCUGUGCAUAAGGCAACUGGUUAAAUAUUUUUAGUCAUGGGUGGUACACAAGUAUCUACCUGGGAAAUGAAAAAGUUACAGAAACACAUUGUUGCAGAUGGGACCUAUUCCCUUUUCACUGUGGGUGCCCUGGUGUCUGCCAGGAUAGAAGGGAAGAGGCAGAAUAUCUCAGCUCUGUUGCCAAAGACUUAAGGGUUCAGAAACAGCCUUUGUUCCAUCUGUAACUCAAUCAAGGUCAAUACCAUGACAGAAUCUUUCUAUCCAUUAAAAUGGCUUCCCAUUACCAUUUCAGCCAGUAAAGUGCAGUUGUCUUUAGACAGGAUUUAAAAGACAUUGCUCAACACUGAUAUCUUAUUUUUUAUGUCUUUCUAUUGAAUUUUUGCAGGGCAACAUGUUACAUAAAUGAAACUAGGUUAGUUAUCAUUCAAACAUUUCAACUGCUGGUGACCGUUUUCCUUAUUUUAAACCUGCAUUAUGAAAGCCAAAUAUGUAAAAAAAAAAAUGUUCCUGUGGAAUUUAAGGGUGUGAACCUUAUCCGUCUCAUGGAUAUGUGUAAAUAAAACCAGUUUCUCAGCACAA